GCAUGACAGGUCACUCCGCUGUGUGUCUGAAGCCGUUGCUGGGCUCUUACCGCCGGGUUUUAGCUUUAAUAUUAUAACCUCACCAUAGUUCAUCUAUGCGCUAAAGGGAGCAACCCUGCAAUGGAUUAAAGCGACAACAUGGUCUGACUUGAGCGUCAAAGUGAAUGGAAGAUACCGUCUGUUGGAAGUUUUAACCCAAGUAGGGUCCAGAGACGAGGCGGCCAUCAUGUGCAACUGAAGACGUCUUGAUGAUCACAUGGGCUACUGACCUGUGCUGACCCGAUGGUUUAAUCAGCAGGACUAAAAAUGAGCAUCAGCAGCGAUGAGGUCAACUUCCUGGUUUACAGAUACCUACAAGAGUCAGGCUUCUCCCACUCAGCAUUCACCUUUGGCAUAGAGAGCCACAUCAGCCAGUCGAACAUCAAUGGAGCCCUGGUGCCCCCUGCUGCCCUCAUCUCCAUCAUCCAGAAGGGCCUGCAGUAUGUGGAGGCUGAAGUCAGCAUCAACGAGGACGGGACCCUGUUUGACGGACGGCCCAUCGAGUCACUGUCUCUGAUCGACGCCGUCAUGCCGGAUGUGGUCCAGACCCGGCAGCAGGCCUACAGAGACAAACUGGCUCAGCAGGCGGCGGCGGGCAGCAGCAGCACGGGGCUACAGGGAGGUUCCAAGAACGGGGACGGAGGACCCGCUAACGGAGAGGAAAACGGAUCACAUGCCUUAGCCAAUAACUACUCAGAGAUGAUGGACGUGGACCGGGAUGUGGAGAUCCCCCAGAGCAAAGCCAUGGUCCUGCGAGGCCACGAGUCGGAGGUUUUUAUCUGUGCCUGGAACCCGGUGAACGACCUCCUUGCCUCCGGGUCAGGAGACUCGACGGCGCGGAUCUGGAACCUGAGUGAGAACAGCACGGGGGGAUCCACCCAGCUGGUUCUGAGGCACUGCAUACGGGAGGGCGGCCAGGACGUCCCCAGCAACAAGGACGUCACCUCCCUGGACUGGAAUAGUGAGGGCACAUUACUGGCCACCGGCUCAUACGACGGUUUCGCCCGGAUAUGGACGAAAGACGGAAACCUGGCCAGUACUUUGGGUCAGCACAAAGGGCCCAUAUUUGCACUCAAGUGGAACAAAAAAGGCAACUUCAUCCUCAGCGCCGGAGUAGAUAAGACAACAAUUAUCUGGGACGCACACACAGGGGAAGCAAAGCAGCAGUUUCCUUUCCACUCAGCACCAGCUCUGGACGUGGACUGGCAGAACAACAACACGUUCGCCUCCUGCAGCACCGACAUGUGCAUCCACGUGUGUAAGCUGGGUCAGGACAGACCCGUCAAGACUUUCCAGGGACACUCGAAUGAAGUGAAUGCCAUAAAGUGGGAUCCCACGGGCAGCUUGCUGGCCUCCUGCUCAGACGACAUGACGCUCAAGAUCUGGAGCAUGAAGCAGGAUUCGUGUGUCCAUGACCUCCAGGCCCAUAGUAAAGAAAUCUACACCAUCAAAUGGAGCCCCACGGGCCCUGGGACCAACAAUCCCAGUGCAAACCUCAUGCUGGCCAGGUACGAGUUCAGAGACGAUGACUUUUUUCUUGUUUUUUUUUUUUACCCCCACAAGGCUCUCGUUACGCCACAUAUAAUUUUUACUGUUAAAAAAAUCGGCCGAGAUCUAAAACGUUGA